GUCGGACUUUUGCAUAGUUUCUGAAUGAUGAGCAUCUUGUCGAAGAGAAGAAAAUACGUCUACUAUUGAAAAAAAUGGAGAGCUGUCUCGGUCCGCUGAGCUAAAAAAUGGGAGCAAGCGCUUCGGUGUCGUUCUGUAGCGACCCAUCUUCAGUGAGAAUCCUGAGGCCCAGCGCUAAGGUCAGCCCACAGCACAUUACUCCUAACCUGGUUUUAGAGCCUAAAGUGGCUGCCAGGUGUGUGUUUGGUGUUGCCUUUCAAACACUGAGAGAUGACGGGCAAAUGGUCUGUGGAAUACCCCUUGUUUUAAGAGACAUAGUGGAGUACCUGGAUAAGAAUGGAUUGCACCAUAGGGGUCUGUUUCGUCUGUGUGGCUCUGUGGUGCGGACCAGGCAGCUGAGGCAGCGGUGGGAUAGUGGGGAGAGAGUGGACCUGGAGCAUGAGGGAGAUGUCCCCACGGUGGCCUCACUCCUCAAACUCUUCUUCAGGGAGCUGCCCAACCCCAUAGUUCCUGAACCCCACCGCAAGGAGCUGGUCCUCAGCCUCACAGGAUAUUCAGAUGAGGCAGAGAAGAACCGGUCUCUGAGGGAAAAUCUUUGCCACCUCCCUGAUGACAACCUUGUUAUUUUUUCUCACCUCAUCCACUUCCUGUCCAGAGUGGCUGCUCACAGCCAUUCAAAUCACAUGCCUGUGGAAAAUCUAGCAACCAUCUUUGGGCCUUGUAUCUUCCACGUUCCAGCUGGACCCAGGAUGCUGGAGGACCAGAAUGUGUGCAACGCCUUGUUAUUCCAUCUUCUCAGGCAUCAUGAGGUUCUCUUUCCGAACCCUGCCGAGGACAGAGUGGCCUCCUCCUCACCCCCUCCCCCUACUCUCUCUGCUCUUUCACACUUUGAGGUCCGACCCAGCAGCUGUCACUCCAAGCAGAGUAGUGUGGAGAGGUUAGAGGGAGACACCACCCUUGAUUCAGUGACCGGAGCUUUUAACCAGACAACACAGACACAAUCUCAACUCAACAGUCCUGACACUCGGGAGCCGGGUUGUGAAACCAGUUCUGACGUCAGUGCUGGCAUUCAGAGGCUGAUCCCAGACCAGGAGGCCUCAGAGGAGAGCAGUGAGAGCACAGAGGCAGGCCGUGUGCUCUCCUGCCCCACUGACCCAGGGCCAGAGCAACAUCAGUACCAGAGCAGACCAUCUCAAAGCAUUCAGGGGGAUCUGCCGGAGUUGGAGUGUACCAUACAAGGGACUUUCUCAAAAAACACCCUUUCACCAUUUACUUCCAUAUCAAAGGAGAAAGAGGAGGCUAAAGUAGACAACAUCGAAGAUAGAAGGACACCUUCCUCACCUAUCAAAGAUGACUGUUCAAUGGCUUCCACUGAUGCAGGGUACACAUCAUCAAUUUCAGACAGCUGCAUAACAAAUGAAUCACAGAGCAAAACCCAAACGCAGAUUCAGCACCAAGUGAGCCUGCUGUGCUGCAUGGAGUGCAAGACAGAAGACAAAACUUGUGUGUCUGAGUGGAAGGGGAGAAGAGGACGAGGACGAGGAAGAUGUAGUGGUUCUGCUGACAGACACAAUGAUUCCAGAGGCAGGAACGGCAGCUGUGACAGCCCCUCCCUCAAACUACAAGCUUUGGAGGCUGACUUGACUUCCCCGUCAGCAUCACUGGACCCCCAAGCUCAGGAUAACCUACCUGCCCAGCAACAGCCUCUUUUCACUGAAGAGCCAAGAAUGCAUUUGAACCACGAGCUGCACCUUCACUUGCCACCAUUAUCACCAGCUCAGGAUCAGGACACGGUCGACUCAUCACAGCCUGUAAACACUACGUCCCCACAUUCAUCAGAGUCCAGUCUUGUAUUUUCCACUUCCACUCUGUCUGAGGGAAUUUCAACAGAUGACAACCUGCCGAGCCCACCAGGCUAUAACCCCGGCCCUCUUCUCUCUCAUUUUACGACAAGCGACUGCCCUGUUCCUUCACCGCGCUGCCCCAACCUCAGCUACAGCCUGCGCUACAACCUGGACACGGAUACAGCUCCUUCUCCACCGUGCUCACAGCACAUCCGCAUGGCUCGCUGCAGCGUUCAUACAGAGCCAGACGACAGUUCUGUGUCCAUCUCAAUGCUCAACAGACAAAUCCACACCCUGAGGAAGAGGAUCAGGCGUUUUGAGGAGGAUUUUGAACAGGAGAAGCACUACAAGCCGGCCCAUAAUGAUAAGAUAGCACAUCCAGAGAUGGCCAGACUGAUGAAGGAGCUCAUCAAGAGCCGCAAGCAGCUUAAAGAGCUGAAACUGAAACAAUCAGAAGAAGGUGGGUUAAAAGGUCAAGGAGAUCUAAACCCACCAGCUGAAACGUGCAGGAGUAACAUAGACCAGAGGGGGGUCAUACCGGCAGGGACUGAGCUGCUGCAACUUAACAACAACACCAACACAUCAAAGCUGAACGUGGAGGAAACUGUCAACCUCAUAACCAACAGACUGAAGGAAAGACGACGGGAGCUUGGCAUCCCUGACAGCAUUAAGGAGAUGUCCCAUUUCCAUAUGACUAUGGAGAAGACCAGCCUGCAGAAAUGUUUGCUCUACUUUGAGAGUCUGCACGGCCGGCCGAGUACCAGGCAGGAGCGGACUCUGAUAAAAUCCUUCUAUGAUAGAUACCGUCUCAUCAAGCAGCUGCUUUCCUCCACUGCCACAACCGUCAUUACAACCAUUGAGGAGGAGGAGGGCAAUGACGAAGAGCAUCCCAGACAGCGAAGCCCCAGGCAGCAGAAACUCUGGCUGAAACCUCCAAGUUGUAUGUCGCCAGAUGAUUUGCUGCAGCUGCCUCCCCUAGAAACGUCUGAAACGCCUCUCGUUUCCCCGCUGGAGGAGGUCAGGGGUCUCCAGCCACAGAUCAUCACCAUGGCAACACUACAUGAAGCUUCCAGAUCAGAAUUACUGGAUCACCUCAGGAUGGCUCGAUUAGAGAAGCGAAGGCUUCAUCGAGCACUCCGGGAAUUUGAGGGCCAUUUCUACGCGCAGACGGGCAGGAUCUGUCAAAAGGAGGACCAUGGACCGAUGGCGGAGGAGUACUGCCAGUAUAAGAACCUCAAAGCAAAGCUCCGUCUACUAGAGGCCCUGCUCAGUAAACAACAGGACUCAACCAAGACCAGUUGAGUUUCUCACAGUGGGGUUUUAUUCUAACCUUACAGGACUCUCUUUAACAAAAAUCAGGUUGAGAAGCUGGUGGGUAUGGUCUUAUUUCAUGCCAUGCUCUUUAUGUUGAUGCACUUUACAUGAGGGAAACUGUGGUGGAAAUUGGUGAUAAUCUGAAUGAACAACUGCAGAAUUUUUUUAGUCCCAAAAACACAUCCCCUUUUCAUUCAUGAUGCAUCAUAAUGCAAACCUGAUGUAGUAAGUGUAUGUUAUGUAGCACUAAUUCAUGUCAAGGAUGAAGAGCUGUAACAACUGGAUGUUAGUUACUUAUUAGUAAUUUUAAUAUUACUGUACGUAUAUUAUGGCAUUUUGUUACUCACUUUUUUUUCCUUGCCAAAAUACUAUUUUUGGACUGCUGUGUCCAUAGUUAAUGUGGAAUCUGCUUUUUUUUUAAAAAGUGCUAUCUUGGCAAAACAAAGGUAUAAGCUUAAAUGCAAUCAAUGAGACAAUCCUGUCGUGUUUGUGCAUGUCAGUUUUUUAGUCCUACAUUGUGCUAUGAUAUGCAUUAGGUAUUCCAAAGUUGAACUAAAUUGUGUUCAAUUUACAUGUUCAUCUUGGAAAAUACGGUAUGUUAACGUUGGCAUAAUAGUGCAAGUUAUAUCAGCUGUGUAAUUUAUCCCCCCACCUUUGCUUGUAUGAAGUUAAUUCCCCCUAAAUGCAAUUGUUGACAAUGAUCAGCGCUUUUGACAUUGUGCACUUCUGGUUUAUAUAAUUUUCUCUCUAUAUAUACGAAUGUAUCAAUAAAAAUAAAUAUUUUUUCACAUUUAUUCUGCUAAACACAGUUUAUGGUUCUACUUUCUUUCUUUCCACUGAUAAAAUAAAAGCGGCUGUUAAAGGUUGCUAUGGUAGAGGUACUGACAGCUUUUAUACUCAUGCUGCACAGAACUGCCUCAUGCUUUUUUUUUAAAAAGGUUAACAAGUUAACAAGUAGUUCACACUUGGUCGUCAGAGUACACAUUUUUAGAGGCUGUUGCAUUAGUACUAUUAAGAUUCCACAGCGGUUUUAUGUCUGGUUUUUAAUACCUUUGGUAUAAAGAAAAGAUUCCUAUUGAGCCCUAGAAAAUUGUACCAGUCCAUGCCACUAGUAGGAGGUAAAAAGAAGUUUGAACUUGUCUACUGUUGAAUGACAACAAAACAUUUCUAAAGUCAGUCAAAGUCAUUGGAAACAACAAAAUACUUGUCCACACAGACAGUGGACACUCGAUCAACAACAUAUCAAUAAUAACAAGGCAAAUGUCAUUAA